UGGUCACGAAACAGCCCAGUGCACUUCCUUCCAUGGAACCGCUCAACCUAAAAAGUGAUUUGAGUGAUUUGGCAUUUGGCAUACUCAGCUUUGAGUAUAGUGUUAGCGGUUUUGUAGACAGAGUUACAUUUUUAAUCAUAGUUUGCGCAAAUACUACCCAAUAUGGGGUGCAAUGGUAACGUGGUAAAUACCGUAAAUACUUAUAAUAUGAUGAAAUAAAUAGUGGUGUACUAUGAAUUGUUCCACUUCUGGUGAAAGUGAGCGUAUUGCCAAACUUUGUAUUAGGGCUUUAGCUCACCCAUCAGGUUUACUGGGUUUAAUUUUACUCUAAAUCGAAGCAAAUAAGAAAAACAAUGAACAAUCGCCAUUCGCUUAGUUGGAAAUUAGUAUAAAAUAUAAGUUUUGCAAAAGUGAAGCGCAAUUUAAAAGGUGUAUAAAAAUAUUUAAAAAUAUAAUAUAUAGCCUUUUCUACUAUGAGUGUGCAGUGCGAGAAAACAGUCGAAUUCCACUAUGAGUUCAAAAACUACAACGAUUCAAAUGCAAAAUUAACAUAUCCUGUGGAGAUUCCUUACACCAAAAGUACGGAUGAGCUGGCACACCGGAUAGUAGCCAAACGAAUGGAUCCUAUAAUGAAGUUUUUGCGAGCUGACAAACAUUUGAAAAUAACUCUUAAGCAUUUUAUACGUAUGGAAAAUCAAAAGUUUUAUGAUGAACAAGAUAAAAUUGCUCUUGAAAAGCUUGAAACAGGACAAAUUGACGUUGAUUCAUUGGCUCUGGAGUUGGAAAAGUUAUACAAGGAUGAAAUACUAGAAUAUGCCGAUCGAGUCGGACCGUCGGAUGAUGAGAUAUUUGCACAAAGUUAUCACCAGCUAGUGCACUCAUCAGUCUUAUCUGAGAUUUUGACUAGAGAACGGGAUUAUGCUAAAACAAUAACAAAUUUGACUGCUCAAAUGACCCAACAAAUAACAACUAUGAAUACAUUACACCAGGAGGAAAUCGAAGCUAAGAUGAAGCUCCUAGACAUUUCUGUAACUUCCGAAAAUAUCAAUCACAUUUUAUCUAAGCAGUAUGGCAUGCAGAAUAUGAUUCGCAAACAAUGCGAAUCAGAAUUGGAAUCCACGAGGGGUCAUCAGAAAUAUGAAUAUCGAAACUGGAUUACACACAUUGAUAACUUUCUAGUGGAAUCGAAUAGCCCCACUCAAAUUGGAAAUCGCUGGUCAAUGAUUUCUACUCAAGGACCAUCGAUGGAGGAAAGCUUCACUAUACAUCUGGGAUCGCAAUUAAAGCACAUGCACAAUAUUCGAAUUCUAAGUACAAAACUUUCGGAUUUGUGUAGUCCGUUGUAUGGAGAUAACAGCUUCGGAGGUCCAAAUGUUGCUUUGGGAUUAUAUUCGAGCUCCCUUUGUGGAAUAGUGGUGCUCACGCCUUCCGGAAAAGUUUCCCCAGAUUCGGAAAUACGACGAAGUGCCAACAUGUCAACAGAGUUUCAUUUUGAUCAAGUAGAAUAUCAAAUUGAAAAGAUUCAGGAAGAUCUACGCAAGCUCAGACAGACUGUCGAUGUUGAGCGAGAUUCCAAAAACGGUUGCCGGUUAAAACCAGGAGACGUAUUUAUCACACGUCACUCGAACCUUUCUCACUCGCAUGUGAUCUUUCAUCUAAUUUCUGACGAAACAUUCCAAAGCCCGAGCGAAAUUAACUCCCGCCAUCCGGUUAUUUUGGGAUUGCGCAACAUAUUGAAAAUUUCCAGCCGACACGAUGUCACAACACUAACGAUUCCAGCGUUGUUAAGACACACCAUGUCAGAGGACAUGACAGUCAGCUGGUGUGUGCGCCGUGCUGAAUUAGUCUUCAAGUGUGCUAAAGGGUUCAUGAUCGAAUCAGCCAGCUGGGGUGGAGCAGAACUGAACACAUUGCAAUUACUAUUGCCGCAUGAUAUUUCUGAAGAACUAUUUCGUACAUUAGCUGACAUGGUGCCGCACGUAUUUCGGGUAGCGAAUCCUAAAAUUUUGCAAUAAUCUAUCAAUCUCUAUGUCCCUGAUUAGUGCAAUCAUCAAAAAUCUCUAACCAAUAUAUUGCAGACACAGUAUUCGAACAUAUAAUAUAGUUUGAGUG